GUCUGCUGUCCUGCUCACGCCGUUUCCUGCCCUCCCGUUUGCCUCAGCACCGACUAUCCUCACCGACGUUUCUCCGGAGUCAAAGGUGAUGGAGGAGGAAAUCUUUGGGCCGGUCCUUCCCAUUCUGACCGUGAAGAGCGUGGACGAAGCCAUUGAGUUCAUCAACGGCCGGGAGAAGCCCCUUGCCCUGUAUGUCUUCUCCAACAACAAGAAGUUAAUCAAAAGAGUCAUCUCGGAAACUUCCAGUGGGGGUGUUACUGGAAAUGAUGUCAUCAUGCAUUUCUUCCUCUCAACCUUGCCCUUCGGUGGUGUUGGUAACAGUGGGAUGGGCGCCUACCACGGCAAGCACAGCUUUGAGACCUUCUCCCACCACCGUGCCUGCUUGAUCAAGGACCUGAAGAUGGAGGGUACAAACAAACUCCGGUACCCACCUGGCAGCCAGAAGAAGGUGGAUUGGGCCAAGUUCUUCCUCUUGAAGCGGUUUAACAAGGGCCGAAUUGGACUGGUCAUCUUGGCCCUGCUGGGGAUUGUGGCAGCGGUGGUGGCAAAGAAUCACCAGUCUGUGCUGAAGAGAAAAGCCCUCUUGAUUGUGCUGGCUGUGCAGAGGCUGGGCUGGCUCAGUGUGUGUUAAGGAGCAGCAGGUUUCAGAGCACUGCUGUGGCUGUCGCGGUGAGAUGGUUUACUACUGAAGAGAGGAGAAGGCGCCAUGUGCAAGUCAUACUCUGAGUGCUCGCUUUGUGUCUGUUUCCUUAAGCUGAGAAGUCAUUUUUUUCUUUUGUACUGGGUUAUUUCCAUGAGCUGUUGAGCACACAGAGUAGCCUUAGAGAGGCACUAACCACGAGAAGGCCUGACCUCCUGUUUACUAAAAAUCCAUGCUGAAACAGAGGGACCAGUGGGUACAAGCUCUCAAAAGGAGGACUGCAGAGCAAGAAAUACCAGUCCCUA